GCGAGCAAACAUUUUGUCGUGACAUUCACUGUUAACGUUUGAUCUACUAUCAGCUGUUCUGUUGUUUUGGGGCUCGGCUAAUCCGUUCCCCAAAGACUUUUGCUUUUUUGUUUUUUUCCGACCAGUCUGUUGGAUGACGUCUCUUCAGCGAAGGUGGUGAAAACUCGGCACCCACGGUGAUUUCCUCGCUCUGACUCAUUCGUUUCGUGCGCGCCUGCCUUGCAGAGCCAAACAAACCCAAUGUUAUAAUUAGUUCCCUUUUUUCCCCGCGUACAUUUCUUUUUUCGCUCAAUGGACGCUCAUCUAAGCACAACGUUACGGUCCAGACCAGAGGCUUUCUGAACAGGACCCGGGUGGAGAGCUAUACUUGGGGAGCGUCUGAGAUAACGCUGCGCUCCUAUGGAGCUCCAUGGAACGCCACCGAGUUCCGCCGGUCAGAGGAUCGACGUGUUUCAUCUCAGACUCAUCUCGUGCUGUUUGGUGUCAUCAAGCCGGCUUGAUGUUUGACUCUGGUACAGAAUCGGUGGAGACGACUUAAGGCUACUGUGUGCUGUUUGAAAGAACGAUGGCUUUCACCGAGGGGCAGUUAUCUUUGCGUGCAAAUGUUUAGUUUUAUUGAUGUUUUCUAACGGAUGGAUGUCGCCUGCUUCUCCAAGGAAACUGAAUCGUGUAACAAGGCGGUUUAAUUCAACAAGCUCCCGGGUCCAAGGGGCGCAGUGGGAACGGUGGGUUGCGACUGGUUUUCUUCAGCCUUCUUGUUGAAUGGUGACCACAAUGGUUCCGCGGUAACAAAAACUUGUUUGCCUUUUCUGGGGCUUAUUUUCUUCCCACAGCGGAUUUGCAGACGACAUUAAUAUUUUAGUUUUGUAUAUAUUUUCUUUGCUUUCCCUCCGCUACAACUUCUUCCUACUGUGAGCAGCAGGCACCAUGGCACGCCUCACCAGCCCGGGUCUGAACAUGAACGUGUGCUCGCUCUGGAGAGCGCUGUGGCUCAUGAGGACCGUGGUGGGGUUUGCGCGCCCGCAGGAGAUUUACGCACCCCAUUCCAUACGGAUCGAGGGCCAAUUGACCCUCGGGGGACUCUUCCCCGUGCACGCGAGGGGGGCCGACGGCACGCCGUGCGGGGACAUCAAGAAGGAGAACGGGAUCCACCGGCUGGAGGCCAUGAUGUAUGCGUUGGAUCAGAUCAACCAGGACGAGCAGCUCCUGCCCAACGUCACUCUAGGAGCCCGCGUGCUGGACACCUGUUCCAGAGACACGUACGCCCUGGAGCAGUCGUUGACUUUUGUCCAGGCUCUGAUCACCAAGGACACGUCAGACGUCCGGUGCACCAACGGGGACCCGCCGGUGUUCGUCAAGCCCGAGAAAGUGGUGGGAGUCAUUGGAGCGUCGGCGAGCUCGGUGUCCAUCAUGGUGGCCAACAUCCUGCGUCUCUUCCAGAUUCCUCAGAUCAGCUAUGCGUCGACGGCCCCGGAGUUGAGUGACGACCGGCGCUACGACUUCUUCUCCCGGGUGGUGCCCCCGGACUCCUUCCAGGCCCAGGCCAUGGUGGACAUCAUCCGCUCCCUGAGCUGGAGCUACGUCUCCACCAUCGCCUCGGAGGGCAGCUACGGGGAGAAGGGAGUGGAGGCCUUCACGCAGCUCUCCAAGGAAGCAGGGGGGAUCUGCAUCGCUCAGUCUUUGAGGAUUCCCCAUAACUCCAAACUGGAGGAUUACGACAAGGCCGUCCAACAGCUGCUGGAAACCCAGCACUCAAGGGCAGUCGUCAUCUUCGCCAGUGAAGAAGACAUACGGGGAGUUCUUAACGCCACCAAGAGGGCCAAUCAAGUGGGCCACUUCCUGUGGAUUGGAUCUGACAGCUGGGGUGCCAAGGGCAGCCCCAUCCACCAGCUAGAGGAGGUUGCUGUGGGGGCUAUCACCAUACUGCCCAAACGCUCGUCCAUUAAAGGAUUCGACGAAUACUUCACCGGACUCACGCUGGAGAACAACCGCAGGAACGUGUGGUUCGCAGAGUUCUGGGAGGAGAACUUUGACUGCCGGCUCCUCAGCUCGUCCAAGAGAGAGGACACCAGCCGUAAAUGCACAGGCCAGGAGCGCAUCGGGAUCGACUCCAGGUACGAGCAGGAGGGGAAGGUGCAGUUUGUGAUCGACGGCGUGUACGCCAUGGCGCACGCGCUGCACACCAUGCAGCGGGAGCUCUGCCCCGACUACCCGGGCAUCUGCCCCGACAUGGAGGCGGCGGACGGCAAGGCGCUGCUCAAGUACAUACGCAACGCCACCUUCAAUGGCAGCGCUGGCACUUUUGUCAUGUUUAACAAGAACGGAGAUGCCCCGGGUCGCUACGACCUGUUCCAGUUCCAGACGACCAACAACACUAACCCCGAGUACAAGGUGGUCGGCCAAUGGGUGGACUCGCUCCAGCUGAGGGUGGAGGAGCUCCAGUGGCCCGGGGACUCCGAGGACGAGGUGCCCGUCUCGGUGUGCAGCCUGCCCUGCAAGACGGGCGAGAGGAAGAAGCGUGUGAAGGGCAUGCCCUGCUGCUGGCACUGUGAGCUCUGCGACGGCUACCAGUACCAGUACGACGAGACCUCGUGCCGCCUGUGCGCCUACAACAUGCGGCCCAACCCCAACCGCACCGCCUGCCAGCCUAUCCCCAUCGUCAAGCUGGAGUGGAGCUCCCCCUGGGCCGUCAUCCCCGUCUUCCUGGCCGUGCUGGGCAUCAUCGCCACCAUCUUCGUCAUGGCCACCUUCCUGCGGCACAACGACACGCCCAUCGUGCGCGCCUCGGGCCGCGAGCUCAGCUACGUGCUGCUGACGGGCAUCUUCCUGUGCUACAUCAUCACCUUCCUGAUGAUCGGCAAGCCCGACGCGGGCGUGUGCGCCUUCCGCCGCAUCUUCCUGGGCCUGGGCAUGUGCAUCAGCUACGCGGCGCUGCUCACCAAGACCAACCGCAUCUACCGCAUCUUUGAGCAGGGCAAGCAGACGGUGACGGCGCCGCGCUUCAUCAGCCCCACCUCGCAGAUCGCCAUCACCGCCAGCCUGAUCUGCGUGCAGCUGCUGGGCGUGCUGGUGUGGUUCGCCGUGGACCCGCCCAACACCAUCGUGGACUACGACGAGCAGAAGACGGUCAACCCCUUGCUGGCGCGCGGCAUCCUCAAGUGCGACAUCACGGACCUGCAGAUCAUCUGCUCGCUGGGCUACAGCAUCCUGCUGAUGGUCACCUGCACCGUGUACGCCAUCAAGACCCGGGACGUGCCCGAGGACUUCAACGAGGCCAAGCCCAUCGGCUUCACCAUGUACACCACCUGCAUCGUGUGGCUCGCCUUCAUCCCCAUCUUCUUCGGCACGGCGCAGUCGGCCGAGAAGCUGUACAUCCAGACCACCACGCUGACCAUCUCCAUGAACCUCAGUGCCUCGGUCGCGCUGGGCAUGCUCUACAUGCCCAAGGUGUACGUCAUCCUGUUCCACCCGGAGCUCAACGUGCAGAAGAGGAAGCGCAGCUUCAAGGCGGUGGUCACCGCGGCGACCAUGUCCUCACGCCUCAACACGAAGCCCAGCGAGCGGCCAAACGGCGAGGCCAAGACGGAGCUGUGUGAGAGCCAGCCCGCCGACCCCAUGAGUCAAGCCACCAAGAAAACCUAUGUGAGUUACAACAACCUCAGGAUCUGAAGCCCAGCCUGCGUUCCUCCUUAUUGACCCGCGGCGGCCCGCUGGCGGACUGGCCAGCUGCGGGGAAGGGCCCUGCAGGGGGGGAAGAAAAGGAAGCAAGGAAAGAACGAAGGAGGCACUCCCUCUGCACUAGCGGCCCUACGCCCGCGUAGGACCGCCGAGAGCAUACCAUCCCCAUCCUAACCCGGGAGGGGGCCCGCCCGGACAGCGGUCGGCACACAGCCGUAGGCCCGCUGUGUUUGUGUUAUUAAGUUUGACCGGCAGAACCAGACUGUUUUGGUUUUGGAUAUUGACAGCUGUGUGCCCCCCCC